UCGCCUGGCGGAAAAAAAAACAUUGGCAUAACUUGGAUCCUUUAUAACGAGUGGAUUAUGAGGAAUCGUCGGUCGCGUUGCCCGGUUCCAAUCUCCGAAGUCUCGCUCUCUCCGGCGUCAUGAUGAGGUUUCUGGUGUGCGCGCUUUUCCUCUGCAAGCAGGCGGAAAUCGGCUUCGCGGACCAAAUGAUUUGCGGCGGAGAUAAGUGCUACCAGCUCCACCAGGAAGCCGUGGACUAUCGAGACGCGCUGAUGAUCUGUCGCGGCUCAGCAGCCGAGUUGGUGACUGGGUCUGGUCCGGAGGUUUGGACCCUACUGGACGGGAAGAACGGGUCUUACUGGUCAGAUGCGGUGGACGCCAGUAUGGACAUGUGCAGGCGCGUGGAUGCGACCGACAAGACGACUGCUGAAACACGAUGUGACGCCGAAGCGGACGGCUUCGUCUGCCGCCUCCCUCUGCGUGACCCCUGUGACCCCCUCGGGUCUGACCCCUCCGCACACACGCUAUACAGCGCACUCAGCGGCGCAGAGCUGAUCCACUCGGAGCUUUUCCCUGCGGGAACCACGGCUCUGACUUUUAAAUCCAGCAGCAAGUAUCCUGAUUCCAAACAUAUUUGCGCCUCUAAAUCAUGGAUGCGAGCUCCGUGGAGCUGUGAGGGGGAGCGGGGGGGCUGCGAGCACGCGUGCAACGGGACAUGCGUCUGCCCGCCUGAUAAAGUUCUCCAUCGGAACCGCUUCUCCUGCACGGAUGACUCCUGCGACAGGUGCGAGCACCGCUGCGAGAGCGACGGCAAGUGCGCGUGCAAGCGUGGGUACCGCCUCCAGAGGGAUGGGACGAGCUGCGUGGACGUGGAUGAGUGUUCAGAAACCAGCCCGUGCACAGGAGAUGGGGAGCGGUGUGUGAACACCCAGGGCGCGUAUGAGUGCACCUGCAUGGAGGACUUCGAUGAGUACGACGGGAAGUGUGUGAACAACUCCAUCUGUUUCCACUGCGAGCACCAGUGUGAGAUGGUCGGCGGUGUGUUAGCGUGUGUGUGUGAUAAAGGCUUCGAGGUGUCGCCGAAGGACCCUCACAAGUGUGAGAUGCGGUGCACCGCACGGGACUGUCCGGCCAGGUGCACCCGCCUGCCCGACAUGGAUGAGAAAGACUGGCCGUGCACCUGCCCUCAGGGCUACAUCCUGGACUACAGGAACCACUCCCAACACAUUUGCACCGACAUCGACGAGUGUCACAUGGACAUGUACUGCGACCACAUGUGUGAAAACCUGUUCGGAAGCUACAGGUGUCUGUGUGAGGAAGGGUUCCAGCUCGUGGCCCUCACCAAGUGCGUCCCCUUGAAGAUGGAUGAUGAGGAUGGAUCUGGCUCGAAGAAUCCGCCUCUGGAGGUGCCCACUGCCCAGCCAGCGCUGGUGCCCUCCUACAUCAAGACAGGCAGCAUACUGGGCCUCACCCUGUUCUCCGGUCUGUGUGUGGUGCUGCUCUUCUUCGUCGUACGGCAGUUGGCGAAGCGCUGCGAUACACUGGACAUUCCUCCUGUCAAGAGGACAGAAGUAGAUGUUGACUACCUGCAGCAGGUGACCACGGACACCUACAAGAUGCUGCCAGUGGACUGAGAUGCGUCAUAUAUAUAUAUAUAUAUAUAUAUAUAUAUAUAUAUACAUUUUUGUUUAAGUAGCUCUCCAUUCUGGCAACUAAAAUCUACUUAAACUAUUUAGUACCUCAAAAUUGUGUACUCAUAUUCUUAAAUUAGCUCAAAGGUAUUUUUUUAAAAACUAAUUUGAAUGGUGUAGACAUCUUUAAUAUAUAAUGGUUUAUAGGUCAAUAUUUGUAUGGGGGUAUAAGUGAUCCAUAUAUCACAGCAAGGUAAGUAGAAAAAAAAACAUCUAAGAAUAUAGAUUCAAAAUAAGAUAAAACUGAAUAUAAUCAGCUCAUAAGAAGGUGUCAUUACAAUACAAUAUGUAGUGAUGUAUUUUGGGGUUUAUAAACCAUGAAGCUGUUUGUCAAUCAAAUAAGGUUUUAACUUGAAAGCCACAAACAAAACCAAUAAUAAUGCAUUUUUUUAAGUAAAUAUUUUUCCUUUUUGAAACCAACUUCUCCUCCAUAGUAAAUAUAAUGGACUCACUAUUAUUAUGAAAUAUCUACAUUGAACAGACUUUACAAUGUUUUUAACUUACUGAAUUUUCUGGUCACAGUCACUUUUUUUAUUAAUUGUCAGUGUUCAUUCAUAUGUCUUGUUCAUGAGUAUGUGUUAUUUUCAUUAUAAGACAGCAUGGAUUUUUUUUAAUUGAAUAUACUGACGUGCAAUAUUCUUUCAAAGUCACAACUAUGCUGAAAAUUGAACGGAAAAGCUGCUGAUACUGCAACUAAGUGUCGUUCUGAAUGUAAAACUGCUGCUUGGUCUGUGCACUGUACCUUGU